AGCAACUUCUCCGAACUUGUUACCUUUUUAGGAAUUACCUUGUCAUGGUAUACAGAGGAAAAAUCAGCAUGGGGUGUGCGUUGUGCCGGAAGCGACGGCUACGAUGCAACCGAGGCCAGCCAUCUUGUUCACAGUGCUUGAGAGUGGGUCAAGAGUGCUCCGGAUAUCGAGAUCCUAAUACCCUGAGGGUCUACGAUCAGAGCGCGGAAGUUGUGUCCAAAGCUCAAGCCCGCCAUAGUGCCGGCCGCAGGUGUGGUCCCACCAAAACGUCGCCUGCUGAAGAGUUGCCUUCUACACCACCCUUGAUCUAUUCGCCCAUCUCAGACGACCAGCGAGCCAUGUCUUAUGUCAUCCCCUACUAUAUUGGCACUGACCAAAAUCAGGGCUUACUUUCUUUUUUGCCAAGCCUAUUGAUGAAUGACCCCUCUCCUGCGUUACAAGCCUCAGCCAAGGCCAUAGGGCUGUUGGGGAGGAAGAGCAGGCCUCACUUGAAAAGGCUGGCCAGGGAAGAAUAUGGUAUUGCCUUGUGUGCUACAAAUAGCGCGUUAAGAAAUCCAAAAACAGCUACAUCGGAUUCCACCUUGGGGGCCGUGUUAUUGCUGAGCUUGCAUGAGCUGAUAACAUCACAAAUCGUGGAAAUGAGCGGUGGCUGGAAGAAUCAUGCUCACGGGGCAGCCAAGCUCCUUGAACUGCGAGGUGAAGAGCAGUUAAACUCGCCUGUAGGGCUAGAGUUAUUUACGGUUGUGCGCUUUCAGAAUGUAAUCAGCAGUGUCUUCUUCAGACUGGGGUGCCAGGUCCACAAUUCACCAACGAUUGCGGCAUUGUCUGAAAUCGCAAGGUCCAAACGAAAUGAACAUACGCGGCCAAUUGAAAGCCUGUACGAUAUGCUCAUCGAGCUGAACAAUCUAGCUAUCGAAGUUGAUGAAGCGCACCUCCAAAGUGACCUCGGGAAGCAACAGUUUUUGAUUGAGAGAUGCGUUUUUCUUGAUGCCAGUCUCCAGGCGUGGACUACAUCGCUGAGUCCCGCGUGGUCUUAUACCGUCAUCGAUGACCCGCGUUCCCAUUUGCCAAGAUUUACCUAUCCUCCCAUUUAUGAUGAUAGAUACCACAUUUACCACGGUGUCUCCAUUGCUGCAAUGUGGAAUAAUUAUCGCCAAAUGCGCAUCGUCCUCAAUGAGAUGAUUAGGAUGAUGGCUCUGCGCCGGUUGAGGUUACAAUCCGUUCCGCAAUACCAGCAGAUCAUAUCUCGGUCUGCUGGCAUUAUUGAUCACAUGGCAGGUGAUAUUUGCGAUAGCAUUCCAUACUAUCUUAUAUCCGGUGAAGUAGGUCUUGGAAGCAUAUACCGGGUGGUGUGGCCUCUAUUUAUUGCAGGCCGAUGCGCAGCUUCAGGGUCUCGGGUCAAAGAAUGGGCUAUGCAAAUUCUCGACCUCAUUGGGAACCUUACCGGGAUUCAGCAGGCGAUUGACCUGUCACAGCUACUCAAGCAGAGAAGACCAGCCAGUGUGAUUCCCGGAGGGGACCUGAUUACCGAGUCACUCUUUAACCGGGCAGCCAGGCUGUCUCGGUAGUGACUAGUAAACCGGUCUAAAAUCUAACCAACGAACUUAGUUAUAAUACGCUCAUGAUGGGUAAUCAAUAUGAAGAACAGCCAU